AUGAUUUCACUCACACUCUCUUAUUUCUGUGUUUCUUCAUUCCGUUUUGUCCCUUUUCGUUCUAUUUUCUUUUCCUUUUUCACCUUCCUUGCUUUCUUCUAUCGAAUCUGUCCUUAUAUCAACAGACCUCGCUGUAAUCUUUUUCAGUUCCUCCAUAUAAUUUGCUUUUCUCUCAUCUUAUUCUCCUUUUUCUCUUGUCCUUACUUUGGAAAUUCUUUACUUUCCAUCCACCUUAUCUGCAAUACCCUAUGUCUUUAUUCCAUCAUUUUUCUCUCUCUCUCUCCCUCUUUCUCUCCCCCUCUCUCUCUCACUCUCUCUUCUUUUUUUUUCCUUCCUCCAAGACUCAGCCUAUAUUCUUACUUCCGUCUUCCACACACUUUCUCGCUCCCUCACACUCAUUCUUCCUUCAACUUCAUUCGCCUCCCACCUCCUCGCCCUGUCGGUGUCCUUUUCUUCUACCUUUAA